AAAUUGGUUUCUGGUUUGUAUUACUUUCUCUCAGCAUCUGCAGUCAACCUUGAAGGAGAACUCUUCAAGGAUUUGAUGAAAGGCUACAACAAAAAUGUUCGGCCCACAGAGAAGAGUGGAGACAUCACUCCAGUCUACAUCAAGAUGACGCUGACCAACCUCAUAUCCCUGAAUGAAAAGGAGGAGGCUCUGACGACCAGCGUGUGGAUAGAAAUGCAAUGGUGUGACCACAGACUGAGGUGGGAUCAGCCCCCCAGGUCGGCUCUGUACGGGAACAUCACCUCUGAGCUUCGAGUUCCUUCCAAGAGCAUUUGGCUGCCAGACAUUAUCCUGGAGAAUAAUGUAGAUGGUCAGUUUGAGGUUGCAAUGUACUGCAACGCUUUGGUGUCUCCUAACGGCUGCGUGUACUGGCUGCCUCCUGCCAUCUACCGCAGCGCCUGCAGCAUCAGGAUCAACUACUUUCCCUUUGACUGGCAGAACUGUACCAUGGUUUUCCGCUCCCAGACUUACAGCGCCAACGAAAUAGAAAUGGUGCUGAAGGUGGAGGACAACCGCACACUGGAGUGGGUGGACAUCGACCCUGAAGCUUUCACAGAGAACGGCGAAUGGGUCAUCAAACACAGACCGGCAAAAAAAGUUAUCAACACUCGGUACACCAAAGACGAGCGGGAGUAUCAGGAGGUGGUCUUCUUCCUCAUCAUCCAGAGGAAGCCCCUGUUCUACGUCAUCAACAUCAUUGCUCCCUGUGUGCUCUUCUCCUCCCUGGGCCUGCUGGUCUAUUAUCUACCUGCCAAAGCUGGUGGACAGAAGUGCACCAUGUCAAUUGCAACUCUUCUGGGCCAGACUGUGUUUCUCUUUCUUAUUGCUAAAAAGGUUCCGGAGACUUCUAAGGCAGUGCCUCUCAUUGGAAAAUAUCUGAUGUUUGUGAUGUCUGUCACCACCAUGGUUGUAAUGAACUGUGUAAUUGUCCUGAACGUGUCACUGAGAACCCCGAACACUCACAAGAUGACAGACAAAGUCAGAAAGAUAUUUCUCAACAUUCUACCUCGACUGCUGAGGAUGCAGAUGCGACCCUGGACACCGAACAAUGCCAACAUUUCAGAAAUGGCCAAUGGCAACACUUUUAUACCAGGCAGGAGAAACGGUUUCUUACUUCCGUAUCGUCGGCGCAGCUCCAUGGUCCUCAUCACUAAGGCAGAGGAAUACGUGCUGAAAACAUCCCGGUCCGAACUCAUGUUUGCCAGACUCAAGGAAAGAACCGGAUUGAUGAAGUCUGUAUUGGAUAAAAUCCAUGCUGGACUGGAGGGGGGCACAGCAGAGCAGCUCGGUGCCAGUCUGGCAAGGGCCUCUCCGGAACUGAGGCAGUGUGUGGCAUCCUGCAAACACAUCGCUGAGACGGCACGGCAGCAAAACAGCUUCCAGAACGAAAAUGAAGAGUGGUUCCUGGUGGCGAGAGUCAUCGACAGAGUUUGCUUCAUUGUGAUGACACUGGUGUUUUUUAUUGGCACGAUUGGAAUCUUUCUGAUGGGCCACUUCAACCAGCCGCCAUCUUCACCUUUCCUGGGUGAUCCAAAGAAGUACCUGCCGCCGCUGACCAAUUUCUCUGAUAUAACUGAGAAUGGAAUGUGAGAGGACUUUAUGAACAAAUA